CAAUCCAAAACACACACAGCAAUUUGUAAUCUUCGUUGGCCGAGGAAGCUCAAACUCUUUCAUAAAAAACGUUCCAAUGGAUUCUGGGCUCCUCUGAGUUCACUAACACAAAUCCUUGUCCCCGCUCAAAGUAGGAUUGCAGAUGAAGUCGGCUUUAUUAAGCACAAGCGCCAGCUACUUCAGUGGCUGCCGUCCCCGUCCCCGUCCACUCCCAUUUUCCGGUUUCAGACGCCUGCCCUCCAUUCUUCAUGGUAGUGGUAACAAGGAGCAAUCGAGGCCCCUCCAACGGGAGCCUUUCAAUGUUAAUGGAAUUGAAGACGAUGGUAUUUGCAAGUCACGCAAAAUUAAUCUUUCCACUGCUUUCGUUAAUUCUGCUGCAGUUUCUGUCUUGGCUGCAACUCCACUGGCAAAUGCUUUAACCAUGGAAAGCGUGAAGGAUACAUCAGGUGCUUUGUAUACCCUUGCUGAUGGUAAUCUUGGAGAUUGGUUAUCCGGCAUAUUAUAUUUAGCUGGGCAGCAAGCGAAUGUGGCUGUACAGGAUCAGUUGUCAGCGCUCAGUUUUACUAGUUUGGCAGUCAUUUUUGGGGCUGGGCUCGUGACUAGCCUUUCACCUUGUACAUUGAGUGUUUUGCCACUUACCCUUGGGUACAUUGGGGCGUUUGGAUCUGGGAAAAGCAAAACAGAGGUUAUUGGGAAUUCAAUUUCGUUUGCAAUGGGAUUGGCGACUACGUUGGCACUUCUUGGCGUAGCAGCUUCAUUCGCUGGAAAGGCUUAUGGUCAAAUAGGGCAGGGGCUACCUGUAGCUGCGUCCAUCUUAGCUGUUGUCAUGGGGUUGAAUUUAUUGGAGGUAAUUGAACUACAGCUUCCUUCAUUUUUCGACAACUUUGAUCCUCGUGCAGCAGCUGCUAAUUUCCCUUCAAGCGUCCAAGCUUACCUGGCCGGACUUACCUUUGCAUUAGCUGCAUCUCCUUGCAGUACUCCCGUACUCGCUACCUUACUUGGAUACGUUGCAUCGACCAGGGACCCGGUAAUUGGAGGCAGCCUACUGCUGACAUACACUACUGGCUAUGUCGCUCCGCUUCUUCUCGCUGCUUCGUUUGCUGGUGCAUUGCAGAGCCUUCUGUCGUUCCGAAAAUUUUCAGCGUGGAUCAAUCCGAUGAGCGGCGCGCUUCUUCUUGGCGGGGGUUUGUACACGCUAUUGGAUCGAGCAUUCCCAACAGCAAUGACAAUGUAGGUGCUUUAAUCGGUCGACUUUUAUUGGUGGCAUUAUUGUGCGGUUCUUGAAGUAGGUUUGAUUGAUCACAGAAUGUGAAAUUGGCAAUGGGAAAGGAAGCCUACUACAAUGUAUGUACGAAAACAAAUACCAAUUUGAUUUGAAUAGAAUCAAAUUUAUAGUUUCUUCAA